AUGUCUGAAGCAACGGACAGCCAAGCCACCCUGCUUCGUCAUCAGCUAAAGCCAGAACACGUUCCUGAACAACGGCAGGUUCAGGACCAGUGCUUUACAGAUCAAAAGAAACUAAGUGGAAACCAGCUGUCGAUGAGAUAUACUCCAAAGCAGGUUGGUACUACUUGUGUGCUGCUGUGCGUUCUGGCCAGGAUUCGGACGUUCCUUCGGUUCGGUGACGUUUUUACGCACAGGCGACGAUGCUCGACGAACGCAGCACGGUUGAUCGCCGUUCUUCUUAACAUUUCGAAAUGGGGCCAGCACGACGACAAAACCAUGCAUAGCUUCAUUAAGAGAAACGAGACCAGUCGGAACGUCGAGCAGCGUCCGUGA